UAUUUUCCGAGUGCAUCGGAGAGUGAUUCAGAUUGUGUGUGUAGGUAGUGGCUAUAAGGUAUCAGAGCUGGCAUCGCUGGGUGAAGGAGAGACCUUGAUGAUAGGAGCUAAACAGGUGGAGGUGAUGGGACUCAUAUCAGAGCUGGACUACAAUAAGGGCCGCUGUUCCUUGACGUCCAUGUGGAGAAGGAGGAGCCUAAGAUAUCAGCUCCUCCCCCUCACGACGCCCAGCUUCCAAACCGUUCUGCGUCCGACGCUAUUGGGCGGAGAGACUGAUAGGGGAGUGGCCAAGCCUCAGGAGGAGGGGCCCUGUAAACCACGCCAUGACCCUCUAGCACCAGGAGCCAUUGUCAUGCCCCGGCCCUCAACCAAUCACCAGUGGGCGUAUAACAAGGCAGGCCUCCCACUGGUGGAUGUGGUGGUUGACCCCUACUUGACCGCUCACCUCUCGACCCACCAGCGAGGCCUGCUGUUUCUCUACGAGUGUGUCAUGGGGAUGAGUAAUGGGAGAUGCGGUGCUAUCCUGGCAGAUGAGAUGGGUCUGGGUAAGACCCUCCAGAGCGUGGCUUUGACGUGGACGCUGCUAAAGCAGGGCCCAUACGGCGGGAAGCCGGUUGCUAAGCUUGUUGCUGGUGGUUGCCCCGGCAGCCUGGUGCAGAACUGGGCGGAGUUUAAGAAGUGGCUUGGCAGUGAGAGGAUCAACGUCUACACUGUUAACCAGGACCACAGGGUGGAGCUGUUUGCAGCGUCUCCUCUCCACAGUGUAUUAGUGAUCAGCUAUGAGAUGCUGCUACGCUCUCUGGAAGUGGUACAGAAGCUGGAGUUUCAGCUGGUGAUCUGUGAUGAGGGUCACAGGUUGAAGAACAGCAGCAUCAAGACUUCCUCUGCCCUCAGUGGUCUCAGCUGUACACGCAGAGUUAUUCUGACAGGAACUCCUGUCCAGAAUGACCUGCAGGAGUUCUAUGCCAUCAUAGAGUUUGUGAACCCGGGCAUUCUGGGGUCGUCUGCUGCCUACAGGAAGGUGUACGAGGAGAAUCCAAAACAAUCCUCGCUCCGACAGCCCAUCUGCACUGAGCCCUCCUGCACUGAGGUUACUGUCCCCAUCUUCUAUCUCUAUACCUCUACACUAUUCUCAUUUAUCACACAACAGCUCCUCCUGCACUAG